GAAUUUCUCUCUCUCUCUCUCUCUCUCUCUCUCCGCGUCUCACAGUUUUCUCUUAAUUUUUCCCCCAACAACACCGCCCUUUUUCAAGACACAGAGCCCUCUUUUUGUCUCUCUUCUUCUCUGUCUAUUUUGGUGUGUUACGGUUAGGGUUUCCCAAGGCGUGUCCAUUUUGAAGACCGAGAUGUUGCUCUAAACCCCCAACUCUAUCUAUAUACCUUCUCCGUCUUAGCUCUCAGAGGACUUUCUCGGUCUCAAGCAUGCCUUGAAUCAACUCUGUAAGUGGUGGCAGUCCCUGGGAUGGAAAUGUAUAAUGUUUUUGAUGGAAAUAUGGAAACAUAUCUGAUUCAAGGCACCGAGCCAAAUGCACAUCUUACAAGUCCACCUGUUAAACAACUUGACGCCAUGUACAAGGAAGGAGCCCCGGAGUUUGUAGUUGAACAAGGCUUGUAUUACCCUACUGCCACCAAUUAUGGGUACAUCUGUACAGGAUUUGAAUCACCCAGCGAUUGGGAUGACCACCAUAGGAUUUUUGGUCUGGAUGGUCAAGAAGUUCAGUACACGGGUGCACAAACUGAAAGUUUGCCUUAUGUAUAUUAUACACCUAGCUAUGGAUAUGCACAGUCUCCAUAUAACCAAUACAACCCUUACAUUCCUGGUGCUAUGUUAGGAGUUGAUGGCCCAUUUGUAGGGACGCAACAGUAUUAUGCCAUCCCAUCUUAUGAAAACCCUUUGUCUUCGCCUUCUGGGUUCCCCAUGGUCAUCCAAUCUGGGCCAGAGAUGAUCUCAAGUAGUACAACUGAACCCUUCUUAGAUACUGGUGUAUUUACUGCACAUAGAACUGAUGGGCCAGGUCACAAUAAUCUGUCUCCAGCAUCUGCAACUUUACAGACUGCCCCAAAGCCUGCUUCAAAUCAGACACGCUCCUUGGCACCCCCUUGGCCAAAAGUAGCAAGUUUUUACAAUCAUGGUCUUUUAUUGCCUUUUGGCAUCAUUUUACCAAGUUUGUUUUCUAACUUUUGUGUUUACAGGGUAGGGGUGCUCAAGCUGUAGAUAACAUUUCACAUGGGAAGGCUUUGUCUCAUCGUAACCAACUAAAAAUGGCUCACUUCUAGUAAUGGCUUAUCUAAUUUUGGGUCAAGUGCUCAUGGAGGGGCUGCAGUGGAAAAGAUUCGAUCCAACUUCCACUAUGGUAGAGUAUCGAAUGAUGUGAAUGGAAGUCCAGAUGCAUUGACUGAACAAAAUCGAGGCCCUAGAACCAACAAAUCCAAGAAUCACUUGGCUGUGAAAGCCUACACAA